CUUCUUUAGCCGUGACGACGAUCACGCCUACGAUCAGAAGUCCUGAGCUAAGCUGGCGCCAGUUACGAGGAUCGUACGCGCGACGCGCAGAACAAGUUGCCGAUUGAAAACGAAAGAGUAGCAAGAAUGCAAAGGGAGGAACGUGAUAGUGACCACCCCCUCUUCGUUUGUACAGAUAGUGGUAGUCAUGAGCGCGUCCACUCUUCAUUCUGACCGACUCGGUGGCCUUUAGUCGACCAGGCAAACCUAUCGAGCGAAGAAGUAAGAAGACUCUCCGCGUGUGCCAAGCGGAUAGAAGCUUGAAUGUGACCGAGAAUGCAGCCCGGAACGAGACGCGAGAGAUUCUAUUCGCCGAUAAUAGUGCUACUGUUGUUCCUAUGUUUGAUCGACUGCACCGCCGCUACGUGGAAAAGGCGGGAGGAUAAGACCAAGUGUCCCAAAGUAAAGGGCAUACGAAAUUUUGACAUAUCCGAGUUUCUUGGAUCGUGGUACAUAGUGCAGUAUUAUGCAAGCUCGGAGGAAGCACUCGCAUAUAGAUGCAUGCGAGCCGAAUUGUCGAUUUCGCCUGAAAGCACAGAGGUUACCAUGAAUUUCACUUACAGUUUCACCGAUGAUCCGAUUAAUGAGCAACUUGUUGGCAACAUCACUUGGAAGAUUCCUUCUCCAGAAUUACCUGCUCAUUGGGUACACGCUGAAUAUCCGUAUGAGGGUGUGUACAACACAUACGUACUUGAUUCGGACUACAAAUCGUGGGCAUUACUAAUGCAUUGCGCGGAACAGAGCAAAAGUCCUCGAUAUUUAUCGAGCUUCAUCAUGAGUCGAGAGCCAAGUCUUGGAGCUAACGUUAUUUCUUAUCUUCGCGAGAAAUUGCCCAGGUAUGAUAUCGAUCUGGAGUACAUGUUUGCUAUGGACCAGAAUCAGUGUAACAAGACAGAAACUUCCGGAAUGGACUUGCUUCUCCCACCUUCGAUAAUACUUAAAAGAAAUAACAUGACACGGAAACAUCCACUGAAAAGGAAGCAUCGACGUAUUUAAAUUUAACAUGGAAUUGUUGUUUAAAUAGGUAGGAUAUUAUAAUACGGUUAGUAGUAUAAAUAUGGUACAUUAGGAAUAUCAUCUCAGUCCAAACGUUGUCUAAAUUACAGCAAUGAAAAGAUGACUAAGAAAGAGGAACAGUUCCUUCUUUAAAGAUGAAAGAUAGAUACGGCUAAAGUUCCUUUGGAACUGUGAAUAAUUAUUUAAAAAUUUAGUACAGUAAACUUUCUUUGCGGACGGUCAUGAUAUUAAAUAAAUUAAAAUAUUAAAAUAUUAAAUAUGCGUAUUUUUAAACGCGAAGCAGUUCAUAAUAAAUAAAUAAUAAAUAUAGAUAGGCUUGCGAUUAAAUUAUGUGAUCAGUCUAGGUACUUAAAACUCUAAUGAACUUGUGCGUUGUUAUUGAAGUAUAUAUUGCAUAAAUUUUCGAGAAAAGUGAUUAAAAACGUGAAAUUAUCGAAUCAGUAAUUUUAUGCUCGGAUAUUAAUCGUCGAUUUAACAUUUUGAUAAUUGCAAGUUAUACUUUCAUGCUGCCACUUCUAUUGAAGUAAUAUAUUAUAAAAUAAUACACUUGUAUUGAAUAUGUCCUUUUAAUAUAUUGUGUGAUUGCAGAGAACAAUUGUAUAUAAUAUUAUAAAAUAUGUACAUUUGUAGUUAAUAAGAGUAUUUAAUACAAUGUUUGAAAGAAAUAGUUUAUAUUUUCUACAUUAUAAACAAACAAUAAUUUUUACUUGAGGCUUAAUAAUAUUUAAAAGAUGAUUCUAUUUCAAUAGGUUUUAUAUUUUAUUUUUUUUAUUACCUUUGUUAAUAUUUUAUAUAAUAAUAAUUAUAUAAUAAAUUAUGUCAUACUAACAUUUGCUAGGAUUAAAAUCGAUCUCAAAAUUGAUUCGUCGUUAUUAACUCUUCAUUACUUAAUAAUAAAAGUAUCUGAUUAAGGAUAGGAUCGGAAUUACUACAGUGAUUAUACAAAUAUUAAAUAUAACAAAAAAAUUGAAGUAUAAUUAUA